AUGGACAGAUCCAAUGAGACCUCCCCGGUGAUGGGGUUUAUUCUUCUGGGACUUUCAGCCCACCCAAAGCUGGAGAAGACAUUCUUCGUGCUCAUCUUGCUGAUGUACCUGGUGGUCCUACUGGGCAAUGGGGUCCUCAUCCUAGUGACCAUCCUUGACUCCCGCCUGCACACGCCUAUGUACUUCUUCCUGGGGAACCUCUCCUUCCUGGACAUCUGUUACACAAGCUCCUCAGUCCCCCUUAUCCUUGACAGCUUCCUGACCCCCAGGAAAACCAUCUCUUUUUCAGCCUGUACAGUACAGAUGUUCCUUUCCUUUGCCAUGGGGGCCACAGAAUGUGUGCUCCUGAGCAUGAUGGCAUUUGAUCGCUAUGUGGCCAUCUGCAACCCCCUACGAUACCCCAUGGUCAUGAGUAAGGCUGCCUAUGUGCCCAUGGCUGCUGGUUCCUGGGCAGCUGGUAUCACUAACUCUGUAGUACAGACAUCCCAGGCAAUGCGGCUGCCCUUCUGUGGGGACAAUGUCAUCAACCACUUCACCUGUGAGAUCCUGGCUGUUCUCAAAUUGGCCUGUGCCGACAUCUCCAUCAAUGUGAUCAGCAUGGUUGUGGCCAACAUGAUCUUCCUUGCAAUCCCAGUCCUGUUCAUCUCUGUCUCCUAUGUCUUCAUCAUUGCCACCAUCCUGAGGAUCCCCUCAGCUGAAGGGAGGAAAAAGGCCUUCUCCACCUGCUCUGCCCACCUCACAGUCGUGGUCGUCUUUUAUGGGACCAUCCUCUUCAUGUACGGGAAGCCCAAGUCUAAGGACCCGCUGGGGGCAGACAAGCAGGACCUUGCAGACAAGCUCAUCUCCCUCUUCUAUGGGGUGGUGACCCCCAUGCUGAACCCCAUCAUCUACAGCCUGAGGAACAAGGAUGUGAAGGCUGCUGUGAGGAACAUGGCAUUUCAGAAACCCCCGAGUUAA